CUUCGGGAGCAAUUGACGCCCAUCCGCGAAACCGGCGGCGAACGCUGACGAGGAACAUGGCAUGUUUGUCACAGCCCGGCCCCAGGAAAUCAAUGCGAAGUUUCAUAAGAGAGACUUUCCGCUGUUCCACGCUCAGCUUCGGAUCCGAUCUGAUCCCGUUCCGUGGCAGCAGUCGGUUUUGAAAUGUUGCCCGCCUCCUUGUUGAUACCGACUUGGCGGUGGCGGCUUGACAGUCUCCCCGCCAAAGUGUGGGCCUUUUAUUAGCCCUCGUCGGGAUCGGUCUUGGAUCCGGAGGAGCUAGUGAGGAGAUUCUUCAAGACUUCUUCGCCAGUCUCCGUUCUACGAGAGGAAUUUGCCACCCGUUCCUCUGCUCCCUAUGUUCCUAGGAUCAAUCCUUGAUAUAUUCAUCCUAAUGGAUAUACUAUCAGCAAGCAGUCGGCAUAUCAACAUUGCUCGAAUCACUGAGUCUCGUCUCAACAAGACUCUAGAGCUUUGACAGUAUUCCGAGGAAACUUUUUGUUUUAAUUGGCAAUAAGAAAAUUCUGAGCAUCCAUGUCGCUUCGAAAACUCGUCAUCAAUUUGACGUUGAAGAGCCGAGCCGGUCAUUCCAGGCAGGCUCUGCGACUUCUCACUUACGUCCAAGGUCAAGCCGGCCAGAAAUAUAAGAGGGAAUAUUUCUAUGCGAUCGACCAUCAAGGAAUGUUGUUCUUGGAAGACGCGCGCAUAAAGAACUUCACAUCUUGUUUCAAAGAACACAAGUUCCUCGAAUUUUUCUUCCGGAGGGUGCGAGUGAACGACGUCGGAUUCUACGGGGAUGAGUUCCCAUACGUGAGCCCGUGUGGCGUGGAGAUGAACUACAUCAAGUGCGAUGAUGUUCCCAUUGUUUUCACGCAGCUGGAGAAAGACAUUUUGUAUCAUAAUCACGCUGGCAAAUUGUUGUCGGUUCCCUUCGAACCCCAAUCUUUAUGGAUGGUAGCGAGCAACGGCAGGGUGUAUCACAAGGGUCCUCAGAGAUCCGGUGGCGUGGGGCUGAUCGCCUCUAAGCUGGCUAUUCAAUUGAGCAAGAACUUCGUGUUCGAAGCCGAUCUACCCGUGGCUUAUAUACAUAACAAUCAAGACGUGCCCUUCGAUGGUCGAACGGAAGCUAUUCUGAACUCUGUGCCACACUACGAGGGUACCGAGGGAUGAUUCCGUGAGCUUCCCUCCGACGUUCGCACCAGCACUGUGAUAUUUAUGCAAGAAUAAAUUUG